AUGAGUUUCCUUGCCGACUGGAUGCCUUUGGCCCCACCCACGGACAAGGAAAUAUUUAGCACAGGAGUCAGUAUCAAAGAGGAGCUCACCGAAUAUAUUUCUGAGGAUACUUGUGUUGAAAUUAAGGAUGAGCAAUUUGAUUAUGCAGAUAAAGAGAGAGAUGAAGUGAAAGACGUGAAAGUGACCCAUGGAUGUUUUUCGGUACAUAAUCUUCAUGACAUGAUGUAUGAAGCAAAAGAAAAAGAUUCAUAUAACUUGGAUCGUGAUGACAUGUUAGGAACGCCAUUAAUAGCUGCGCAUUAUGGGCACAAACGUUCAUCAGAUAGGGUUAAAGCGAAGCACAAGGAAAGUCGUAUAGAGGAUACAAAUCAUAUCAAUAAUGAUAUAGAAUUCCACAGACAGGAGAAGCCAUACACUGGUGAACAUUGCAAUAAGGUCUUCUCAAGUAAAUUUAGUCUAGGGUACCAUAUGAGACCACAUACUAAGGAGAAGCCAUACAGCUGUGAGAUUUGCAAUAAGGCCUUCAUAUAA